AGGAGAAAGAACAUUCUUGUUUAUGAUAUACGUAAUCAAACAGUAUUAUUCGGAGCGUAAAGCAAAAGAAGCUGUGUGGCUGUGUCCCUCUGCAUUAAAUUAAGGACGAACAGCCAAAGGAUGCGCGCAUGUCUAAGCAUUGCGAUAUCCAAUUUCUGUGUGAUAGACGGAUGAAGAAGGUGGCCGUCACCGCCGCCACCGUCGCCGCUGCCGCCGCCACCGUCGCUGCCGCCGCCACCGUCGCUGCCACCGCCACCACCGUUGCUGCCGCCGCCGAUCACACGGCGGUGUUGGAGUACGCGAGCGCAGCUGAGUGCUGCAAGCUGGCUGCGGUCGUGAGUAUUGCCCAUCCGGACGAAAUCGACACGAUUAGGGUUGACGAGAUCAUCAUGACGGAUACGGCGUCUGCAGCUGCCGCUGCCGCCGCUGCGGCUGACACGCAAAAACGGGCCAACUUUUCGGCGUUGACAGUCGGUAAUCCGAACGGCGUCAGCAAAAUAUCGCCGAGCCUUACGAAUGCGAAACCCGGUUCCGCAAAGAAGCUCGUCAUCAAGAAUUUCAGAAGUAAACCUAAACUACCAGAAAACUAUCAAGAAGAGACAUGGGAAAAAUUGCAGGAGGCUGUGGUUGCUAUACAAACCAGCAAAAGUAUCCGCUAUUCUCUGGAAGAACUUUACCAGGCAGUUGAAAAUAUGUGUAAUCAUAAAAUGGCAUCAACACUUUACAAAAAUUUAAAUGUUCUGACAGAAACUCAUGUAAAAGCUAAUAUUGAACAAUUUUUGGCGGAAUCUAUGGACAGACAUAUAUUUUUGAAGAAAAUGAAUGAAUGCUGGCAAUCGCAUUGUAGACAAAUGAUAAUGAUCAGGAGCAUCUUUCUGUAUCUUGAUAGGACAUAUGUUUUACAAAACCCAACCAUUUCAUCGAUAUGGGAUAUGGGAUUGAAUCUAUUCAGAUUACACAUUGUGCUGAAUAAUUUAGUGCAAACGCGUACUGUUGAGGGUCUUCUUAUGCUCAUAGAAAAGGAACGACAAGGUGAUACCGUAGAUCGAACGCUUCUCAAAUCACUGUUGAGAAUGUUGUCGGAUCUACAAAUCUACCAAGAUGCCUUCGAAACGAAGUUCUUAAUGGCUACAGAAAGAUUGUAUGCUGCCGAAGGUCUACGAUUGAUGAACGAACACGAUGUUCCUGAAUAUUUAGCUCAUGUGGAUAAACGUUUGCAAGAGGAGAAUGAACGACUGUUGCAUUAUCUUGAUACGUCGACUAAAUGGUCACUCAUACAUACUGUAGAAAAACAAUUACUGUCUGAACAUAUUACUAGUAUUUUACAGAAAGGCUUAAGUGGGUUGUUGGAUGAAAAUAGAAUUAGCGAUUUAUCAUUACUUUACAACUUAUACAGUCGGAUAAAAAAUGGCCUUGUGGAGCUGUGUUUGAAUUUUAAUUGUUAUAUUAAAAAAAAAGGCAAAACGAUAGUUAUAGAUCCAGAAAAAGAUAAAACGAUGGUACAGGAACUUUUAGAUUUUAAAGAUAAAAUGGAUAAUAUAGUUAAUACGUGCUUUCAUAAAAAUGAAAAAUUUGCAAAUAGUUUAAAAGAAGCUUUCGAGGCUUUUAUUAAUCAAAGAGCAAAUAAACCAGCAGAAUUAAUAGCUAAAUUUGUCGAUUGUAAGUUACGAGCAGGUAAUAAAGAAGCGACGGAAGAGGAAUUAGAAAGAUUAUUAGAUAAGAUUAUGGUACUCUUUCGAUUUAUUCACGGAAAGGAUGUUUUCGAAGCGUUUUAUAAGAAGGAUUUAGCCAAACGUUUGUUAGUGGGAAAAUCGGCUUCUGUAGACGCGGAAAAAUCAAUGUUAUCUAAAUUAAAACAAGAAUGCGGUGGUGGAUUUACUAGUAAAUUGGAAGGAAUGUUUAAAGACAUGGAACUUAGUAAAGAUAUUAAUAUUGCAUUCAAACAGUAUGCAGGAAACUUGCAGAGUGAAUUAGUGGCAAAUAACCUAGACCUAACUGUAUCUAUACUUACUAUGGGAUAUUGGCCUACAUAUCCAGUGAUGGAAGUCACUCUACCGAUGGAGAUGGUACAGUAUCAAGAUGUGUUUAAUAAAUUUUAUUUGGGAAAACAUAGCGGUAGAAAAUUACAGUGGCAGCCAACCUUAGGACACUGUGUAUUAAAAGCAUGGUUUAACCAGGGCAAUAAAGAGCUACAAGUAUCAUUGUUUCAAGCAUUGGUUUUAAUUCUAUUCAAUGAUAGUGAUAACCUCUCGUUAGAAGAUAUUAAAACCGCUACAAAUAUCGAGGACGGUGAACUGAGAAGAACACUGCAGUCCUUGGCAUGCGGGAAGGCUCGUGUUCUUCAAAAGAAUCCGCGUGGUCGGGAUGUCGCCGAUAACGAUAGAUUCGUCUUUAACGCAGAAUUCACAAACAAAUUGUUCAGGAUUAAGAUCAAUCAAAUUCAAAUGAAAGAAACGAAUGAAGAACAAAAAGCAACAGAAGAAAGAGUAUAUCAAGACAGACAAUAUCAAAUAGACGCUGCUAUCGUUAGAAUUAUGAAAAUGAGAAAAACUCUGACUCAUAAUCUUCUCAUCAGUGAACUGUAUAAUCAAUUGAAGUUUCCUGUAAAGCCUGCGGAUUUGAAAAAACGGAUUGAAUCUCUUAUAGAUAGAGACUACAUGGAACGAGACAAGGAUAACGCAAAUCAAUACAAUUACGUUGCGUAACCUAAAGCAAAUGCCAAAGUUAUAUUGACUUGUAAAAUUGAUGCUGAUUUUUCUAGCAAAUUCAAUUUAUCACAAUUGGUGUCUGUCCAUCGUGAAUGUGAACGAGUUCAAACGAGAGAUUAUAUAACCAAUCCGACUGUUCAGAUAAAGUUAUAAGUGUGUGAUCGAAGGAAAAAGACUUGGUUCAGUGAAUUUCCCCGUUUUGGUUUUUAGUGUGCAAGAGACAUUAAAUGGUUACAAUCCUUUUUUAACCAGUGUUCCGAAUUUUGCAAAAUAAGAUAAAAGGACAUAAUGAUAGGCAAAAAAAGCUUGAUGUAAUGUCCUAGAAUAUAACAAUUUUUUAUGCAACACAAUUUUUCACAGCAUAAUUACGAUUAAGAGAAUGUAAUAAAGAAUGGAAAAUGUAUACAUACUGUGACACUAUCAUGAAAAUAGAAAAUAAGAAUGCAAUCGCAA